GGAAUACCCAGUAAUAAAGCUUUCUGGGAAUCUUCGGGCAAGCCAUCCAACAAACAUCAUUUGUACAGCCCCAGAAAGUUGUUCCUUGAAGUCACCGCACAUUCUCUGGGAAAUAGUGCCCAGAAAUUUCAUACUGAAUGCCUCUGAAUUGCAGUCAAAUGGCACCCACAUUUACAACGUGUUGGACUUUACACCUUCAGCAGAAGAUGACAAGCAGAAUCUCACCUGCACAGUCAGCUAUGGAACAGGAAGCAGCUCUGUCUCCAUGGAGGUGUCUGUUCCUCUGAAUGUCAGAUAUCCACCACAAAUGGUACAAACUGCUGCAGAAAUUAGGGAAGAAAACAAAAGUUUCACACUCAUCUACGAUAUUGCUGAAAUCGUGGUUAAAAAAGGCAACUUGGUCACUUUGCACUGCUUUGGGGAUGGUAAUCCAUUACCCAGCAUGAUUUGGCUGAAGAAAUCACAAUCCUUGGGAAGACUUCACUUCAUAACAGAUAGGGAAUUGAAGAUUGCCAAUGUGCAGAUACCAGAUGUGGGCACAUAUACAUGCAAGGUAAACAACAGCGAGGGCGUUGCCUACACAGACUUCCAACUUGCUAUACAAGAAAGUGGGGACCUCAGCUCUUUUGUUCCAUUACUGCUAGUCCUUUGCCUAAACAAAGUGCUGCUUUGUUUCUUCUUCUUUUUCGCCAUGAUUUCCUUUUCCACCCAAAGGAAAGCUCAAGUGAGGAGGGGAGUGACAAAAGAUAUUAAGAAGAUACAACCUGCCAUGGCUCCAGAAGAAAAAGAAAUGGACAGAAAAGAACAGAAAAGAAAUGAACAAAAGUAGUGGAAGCACCGCCAGCAUUUGAAAGAAUUGUAUUCUCUCUACUGCCUCCUUAAAAGGUCCCUAUACCAAAAGCUGAGGAAUGGGAUGGACUUGAUUUUUGUUGCUACAAAUCUUAGCAUUCUUUAAACUUGUUUGUUUCUUUCAAAAAAAAUAAUAAAAGCACUUGGAAAAAUUACAUUUAUCAGAGAGAAGGUUUCACUGGAUUGGAAGUUAGUACUUAAAUGUGUGUGGAUUUUAAUGCAUUAAAAACAA